AUGCCCUCCAUGCGUAAGAACGAAAAGAGUAAAAGCAUUACAACAACUAGAAAUUAUCGUGGUGCUACCAAGAAGUCACCAAAAGAAGAAAACAACCAACAAUCAAGUAAUUUAACCAAUUCAUUAAAAAACGAAUCGCAACAAUCCAGGCCAACAGACGACCAACAGUCUGCCUGUUCAAGCAAAUGUCACCAAAUCACUACUGAUCAACAUAUCAGUGAUAUCGAAAAGGAAAAUUGUACGACAUUUACAACAGCUGAUGACGAACUUCCAGCUAAGUUGAAUUCUCAAGUGCCAAUCACUAAGGACGACAUCAAGGCGAUUUUCAAUAGUUUGCCUGACGAAUCUACGCAAUCCAAAGAUCACUUGCGAAUUGUGAAUCUUGUCGUUCAACGUGUAUUCCAAAGGUAUUCUAAUGUCUGCAUCGAUGCACAUACCUUUGACUGGAUUCAAAGAAUCAUUCUUAGGAAAAUUAACUCUGGGGGUUAUUUACCUGGAUUUGCUCACCCUGACACUUUCCAAGAAUUACCUAAUUUUGCUUUACACAGUGACUAUCCAGUCUCAUUAUCAGGUAUUUUAGUAUGGAAUAUUCACAAAAUCAAUUUUGAUGAAUGUGAUUCCAAAGAUGAAUAUCACUUUGAACCAAAGUAUUAUUGGAAUCUGUGUGGUCGUACAUUGCACUUUAGCAAGCAUAAGUGGUUGUCAAAAGUCAUCAAUUAUGAAGAAUCGACUAUUGAAAUUUACUACACCAAUAAGAAGAAACGACGGGUUUAUGAGACUGUCAAGGACCUACUAUCGAAAUAUCACAAUGAUAUUUAUAGGCUGUUUGUAUCUCGAGCAAAAAAGGAUCAUCAUGGGUGGUAUAGAUUUUACCUGAAGGAUGUUUUUGGAGAACUAAAAAAAAUAAUGGAUCGGGGAGAGUAUCAGUACAUGGAAAAGGGUGCAGUAUGCAAGCUGCUUAUCAAUAGGAUUUUCAAUGCAUACAUCAAUUGCAACAUGCUGAUUGAAAUAGUCUCUGGUGAAGAAUUUUGUCUCUCAAUCAGUGAAGAUCUUGAAGUGAGGGUUUAUAAAGCAAUCAAGACUAAUGGAAUAGUGGAAAUGGAUUAA